UUUCACCCGCUGUCAACACAUCCACCCCACACACAUGUAGCUGUCAGCUGGUGAUACGUAAACAUUGCAGUGCACCAAAAAAAAUGGACGGAGAAAGCUUUCAGCUGAUUUCGGAUUGUUUCUUACGAACAAUUGUCGAUCCACGGUCCACCAAUGCACCGAUUGAGCCACCACCCACCAAGCAACCAGUCAAGGUGGAGCUGCAAGUGCUACGGCUUAAGGAUGAAUCACAAACCCGCAUCAUGGAAACGCUCCGGGCUAUCCACGGAGAGGCCUUCCAGUUGGGCGACAUUUCCAAGUACGAGGACAAAGGCGGUCGUAUGAAGAAAGGAUUCUGGCAGGAUCGGGGCAAUCUGGUCAUACAGGGUGGUGUCGAUUUCUCCCACAUCCCACGUACCGGAAACAGCAAUGAGGACAAGUUUCGGAUGUAUGCCGUCAUGAAGCUGCACAGUUACGCCUUUCACCGGUCGCACUGUGAGGAAGCGCUCGAUCAUCAUAACGGGGACGUGGACAGUGCUUUGGCACUGCUGUUUUCGAAGUAUUUUCCACCACCGAACGAUCUACAACCACCGGCGGAAGAUCACAGCGAAGACGAACUGGCCGCCUUGCGGGCGGACGAGCGGGAAGUGCUGGAAUCGAUCUACGACAAGCUGUUCGUGGAGAAGGAACACAACCGCGUGUGGCAGCUAAAGUUUAAGAUCGAUCACCUGCUCGCGCACAGCCCGUCGGAGAUGCGCAAGCAGGCGGAACGGGAAGCCCAGCAAGCCGAGGAGGAAAGGCGCCGCAUGCUGGAUGCGCUGGCAAAGAAGAAGAAAGCGAAGCGCGAAAAGUGUUGGAACUUUGCGAAGGGCAAAUGUCGCUACGGCAACCGGUGCCACUAUUCGCACGAGCUGGACGAAUCGGACAGCGAGGAAAAGAAGACCGGUAAAAAGGUGGACAAAACGCCGGAAGAGGAUCCAAACUGGUUCUUUCUGGAGGUUCGGUUUCCGCCCGGCAAUCGGUACCCGUUCGAGCGACCGAUACUGUUGCUGAAAACUACCUGCUCCGAUAUCCCGGAGCAGCUGUGCCUUAGAGUGAACCGCCGGUUGGUGCAGGAGUGCAUCGAGCUCACCAACGAUGGUAUGCCUUGCAUCUAUGCUGUGGCGGAUCUGCUGCAGAACGACGAGGAAAUUGGACGGUUCAUCGAACAGGAUCGGUACCAGUUUCCCGACGGUAGGAGAUCGCUGUUUUACGUUCCCGAACAGGAAGCAAUCGAUGCCGGAAUGGGAGACAAUCUGCCGACGCACCAUCAGCGUGGCGUAACUGGUCGACAAACCGGACCGAAGGUGAACCCGGAACAGAUGAUGAAAGAGGACCGCAACAUUGUGCGAAAGUUUAUGGACAAACAGACGAACGAAGCGUACAAGGAGAUGCUGAAGAACCGCCGGAAGCUGCCAGCGUGGACGAAGAUGGCGGAAAUUAUCAAUCUUAUGGAAUCGCACCAAAUUCUCGUGAUUAGCGGAGAAACCGGUUGCGGUAAGUCAACGCAAGUACCUCAAUUCCUGCUCGACGAUUGGCUGCUACAAUCGUCCAAGGUGCAGUCGAAGGAUCCGCUUCGGCAUGUGGAAAUUAUCUGCACCCAGCCGCGCCGUCUGUCCGCCAUCGGUGUGGCGGAACGUGUCGCCGAAGAACGGAACGAAAAGAUUGGCAACACGGUCGGUUAUCAGAUACGGUUGGAGAACAAAAUUUCUUCCUCCACCCGGCUUACGUUCUGCACUACCGGUAUCCUUUUGCGCCGGUUACAGUCCGAUCCGAUGCUCGCCAGCGUGACGCAAAUUAUCGUUGACGAGGUGCACGAGCGUAGUGAGGAGUCGGACUUUUUGCUGCUGAUACUGAAGGAGUUGCUUGGUAAGCGGGCGGAUCUGAAGGUGAUUCUGAUGUCGGCCACACUGAACUCGAACCUGUUCUCGAGCUACUUUGGUGAUAUACCGGUGCUGGAUAUACCGGGCCGCACGUUUCCGGUGGAGCAGUUGUUCCUGGAGGACAUACUGGACAGGAGUGGGUUCGUGUUGGAACCGGACUCACCGUUUUGCCGCAAGUUGCGCAAGGGAGAGCAGGAACAGCUGCUCCAGGAGCUGGAGUAUUCGGACGUGAAGGCAGCGAAUGCGGCACCGGCCAAAACGAUUCGCGAUGAGAAUCUGAAGAUGGCCGAUAUGUUUGCACGAUACGCAGAUUAUUCGAAGCAAACGUGCAAAGCACUGUAUCUGAUGGAUCCGCUUCGCAUCAACCCGGAGCUGAUCGAGCACGUGCUAACGUACAUCGUGGACGACAAUUCGCACCACUGGCCAAAAGAGGGUUCGAUACUGAUCUUCCUACCAGGGCUGGCGGAAAUACAAACCGUUCACGAAUCACUCGCCGAAAGCAAACUCUUUGGCGCCCGCGGCGACCGGUUCGUACUGAUUCCGCUCCACUCGAUGCUUACGAACGAAGAGCAAGCGCUCGUGUUCCGUAAGCCACCGAAAGGGAAAAGGAAGAUUGUGCUCAGCACAAACAUCGCCGAAACGUCCGUCACGAUCGACGACUGUGUGUUCGUGAUUGACUGUGGUCAGAUGAAGGAGAAGCGCUUCGACUCCAACCGCAACAUGGAAUCGCUCGAGAUGGUGUGGGUAUCGCGUGCGAACGCCCUCCAGCGUAAGGGUCGCGCGGGUCGAGUAAUGCCUGGCGUUUGCAUACACCUCUACACCCGGCCCCGAUUUACGCAUCACAUUCUUGGCCAACCCGUGCCAGAAAUUCAUCGCAUCCCGCUCGAACCGUUGCUGUUGCGCGUGAAAACGCUGCCCACGUUUCAGGAGCGAACGGUGAACGAUGUGCUCGGUUCGCUCAUCGAACCACCGAGCGUGGAAAACGUUCAGGCCGCGAAGAAGCGUCUCGUCGAUGUCGGUGCGCUCGAUCUGGAAGAACAGUUGACACCGCUCGGUCACCAUUUGUCCGCGUUGCCGGUGGACGUGCGGAUAGGCAAGUUGAUGCUGUUCGGUGCAAUAUUCCAGUGUCUGGACAGUGUGCUUACGAUGGCGGCCAUCCUGAGCUACAAGAGCCCGUUCGUUUCGCCGUUCGGGAAGCGUGACGAGGCGGACAAUCGGAAGAGACAGUUUGCGAUCGCAAACAGCGACCAUCUGACGAUGCUAAAUGCUUACCGCCGUUGGAUGGAGGCGGCACAGAAAAGUCGCUACGCUGGCCAAUGCUUUGCGGAGCACAACUAUCUGUCCGGCAAAACGUUAGCCACCAUCGGGGAAAUGAAGUACCAGUUUCUGGAGCUGCUCGUAUCGAUCGGUUUCGUGCCGAUCGAUCUUUCCGGGCGCAGCCGUGCGAAACGGCAACAGCUGGACGAUCUGCAGCAGGUUACCGGGGCGGAAAUCAACGUGAACGGAUCGAACAACCGGCUGCUGGCAGCCAUCCUGUGUGCUGCCCUCUACCCAAACGUGGUGAAAAUUCUCACGCCCGAAAAAAGCUUCGUCACUGGUGCGGUCGGAGCUGUGCCCCGGCUGCCGCAAGCGUCCGAUUUGCGGUUCAAAACGCAGGAGGAUGGUUACGUCGCACUGCACCCAUCGUCGGUGAACGCUAGCGUCGGCCACUUUGGCUCACCGUUUCUGGUGUACCAGGAAAAGAUGAAAACGUCCCGGAUUUUCAUCCGCGAAACGACCAUGGUACCGCUGCUGCCGAUGGUACUGUUCUCCGGUAGCGAUCUGCAGAUCGAGCUGCACGGUGGCGAUUUCGUGAUACUGCUCGAAGGUGGCUGGCUGAUGCUGCAGGCCGCCACCCAUCAGAUUGCGGAAAUGGUGAAGUUCCUGCGGCUAGAGCUGGCCAAAAUGUUGGAGCUGAAAAUUAGUGAUCCGCUGCUAAACUUGAUGAACCACGAGCAUGGCAAACGGGUCAUCGAUACAAUCGUGCACCUCAUCAGCAAGGAGUAGAGAAGCAGUCGGGUGGAGCUGAACGUUAACGCACUCUCCCUUCAGCUUUUGGUUUGUGUAUAACUUCCUUGUAAAGUCAGAUUCCUUUCCAACUUAACGAUGUUUCUAUGUGCUAAUAAACCCAUUUUAUAUUUAUGCAA